AUGGAUGUCACGCCUGAAACUGUGCGGCUUUCUAUCACAGCCAGUGUCGCAGCUGUCAAGGACGAUGGCGGAGACAUUGGCGGCCUUGAAGACACUGGAAAUGUGAUUGAGCCUUUGAGAAAGCGCAAAUCUCUCGGGGAUGGUCUCGACGAUGCAGUACGGAUAGAGGAACCCCAAGCCGGGGACCCUAAAAAGGUGAAGGUGGGCGACGAUGGCCACCCCGAGCCUGCUGGCAAACUACCUGUCGUUGUCUCGGGCAGGGAGAGCAUACCCCCAGAGAUUUGGCAUCACAUCUUCACUUUUUGUCCCCCCAAAACAUUAGGGAAUUUGUUGUGUGUCAACAAAUUGUUUAAUUUUUACCUCGAUCCCAAUUCUGCUGCAACGCCGACCGUGCCGCCUUCUCCUCCCAAGUCUGCGACCAAACUUCAGAAGCCGAAUGCUAUCUGGCAAGCUGCAAGACGGUUGUAUUGGCCCUAUAACCCGGGCCCCCUAAAGGAUAAGACCGAACUGGAUAUGUGGCGCUUGGCCUGCUCGCAUGUUUGCCAGUUUUGUGGCAAGAAAGACUCGCGGCGUGCUUUGCCUAGCAACGAUCCAUUACGCUUCGGGCCCGGAGCCGAUGGCGUGACCUGCAUCUGGGCAUUCAGAGAAAUGGACUUUCUUAUGUCGAAUGUCCCCUCCUUUCUUAUACCAGCUUUGCCGUUUGUGUUUUCUACGCCGGAUUUGCAUACAGUCCCCCCUAGCUUCAUAGAGCGGGCCCAGUUUCCCGUAUCUCUGUCUCUGACGAAGCUAUUCUGGUCCUUGGACGUUGAGAAUCUAAACCGAGAGUUUCUAGCUGCUAAGGAACUGGGAGCCCCUGCUGUUGAGGAAUGGCAGAAAGGGCUGGAUCUACGAGGGCAAAAACAGAGAUCCGACGUGGCAAAAUGGGAGAAGUUUGACGACUCCGGUGGUCUUAGCAAAACAUUGCUUUAUCCCGGCCACCAGCAAGCUGCAGCCGCCGCGGCCGCGCGUUCCAUACCACAGACACAAGAUCAAGCUAAGAAGGACAAGGCGGCAUUGCCAAGAGUGGCUGCAUUGCCUCCGCGCCCGUCGUCUAGCGUCUCUCUUUCACCCCAGUGUCAGUUGUCGGCAGCUACCGCAGCCCCAACAUUUGGACUGCCAUCUUUCCUUCCUUCAAAAGUUCUCCUUACAAAAGUGCCGAUUCCACCUCGAGUUGAGCGCUCCAAGGAGGAAAUAACGCAGCUGAAAGCCCAAAGGAGGGCCGAGAUUAUUCGCAGAGCAGAACUGCUUAAUCCUCCCAUAACCGAGGAUAUUCUGGAGAAGACCACUGCUUUCCGUGCUGCAACACAAAUCAUCAUGCCUUUGGAUGAUAUAGCCUGGGAAGUUCUGAAGCCGCGAUUUCUGGCACAGAGAGCACAGCUGUCGAAAAGUCCAUCUGUGGCAAAUGCUUCCAAGCAAACAGCACUGAUUCCGGUUAUCAAGGAAGUAUCUUCGCAGGCUGAAACAGCCAAGGGAAAGACCGACGCAGAAUGGGACGAGAUUCAGGGUCCGGUCCGGCUCAAAAUCCUCAAGUACGCAGAUGAAGUUAUUCGAGAUUGGGACAACGGCGAGAAGGUCAACAAAGAGAACGCACCCGCGUUUGCCAUUGAUGUGCUUCUGCAUGUGCGAAAGCGUUUUUACAUGGAGGUGGAAAAAGACGCCACAAGUGCUCGUUCUCAGAAACGGAAGCCAAUUAUCGACCCUCCCGAGGGACCGUUCACACAAAAACUGACGUUGGAAAACAUGAAGUACGUCUUCGACAUGAAGGUGCGCCCCCUGACGGAAUCUCUGCGUAAGGAGCUAUUUUUGUGCAGUGGCUGCGAAGGCAGUAACAAGCUCUUUGGAUUCGACGGUGUGGUCCAGCACUAUGCAGCCAAACACACUGAAACGCUCAGUCGCGGCAGCAUCGUCGUCUACUGGAGAGCAGAAUGGCCGCUUGCACCUAUUUUUAAGGCGCUCACCCGGCCGAGGAAGACUUUUCACCCACUUCCUGCGAUUCCUCCAUCGCUACCCGGCCCAAAACCAGUCGGCCUGCCUCCUCAACCUAGUUACAGCUCAGGCACAGCCGCACCAACGUUAUUUACAUCGGCAUCGUUGGCACCUCAGCCAUCCUACCCAGCGGUGGGGUCGUUUCUUCCGAUUGCGUCGCAACAACCUCCGCUUCAAAGUCCUUUUGCUUCGAACGUCACCUAUUCCGCAAGCCAGCCAGUCUUUGGGUCACAACAGCCAGUGCCACAGCAACAGCAAUUCAUAGUUCAGCCGUAUGCGAACUCUGCACCCAGUGUAGGACCUUUGGCCAUGGCUGCAGUUUCGCAGAGGUACGGAGCAGCACAACCUCCGUCCCAAUUUGGUGGCUCGCAAGAUGUGUUGCCACCGGGACCAGGUCACAUCGGGAACCAGAGCUAUGGAAACAGCGUGCACCCGUCUACUUACGUUAGCGGGUUUCCAGCUGAGAAGAAGCCAAUACUGCCGUCAGCCAAAUACAAAGGAGACUACAACAGGAUGGCCAUGCGUGCUCGUGAGCUUUGGAGGUCGACAGCAAACAUGGUGGACACACCGGGGGCUAUCCGAGUUUUUACAGUCCUGAGUCAUCUCGACAGUUUUUUUCUGUCGAAAGUUGGAGAGCCUCUACCGAUAUCCCUCUUUCUCGAGGGGCUGUCGAAUCACAAAGAGAUGCGUCCGGUUCGAAGCGUUGACGGCCUUUCAUGCAAGCCGUGCCGCAAUAGAGUUGGAACUGUACCUGAUGAGGAGAAGCGGAAAAGCUUUUCGUUGCCUCAGCUGGUCAGGCACUUUGAGACGUAUCAUACCGAGCCGACUCAGGGGAAACCCCGGCGUGGCUUGCCAUCAUGCAACUGGUUCGCUGACAUGCUGACUAUCCCGCCUACGCACGCACUCCGAAGCAUGGCAGGUCGCAAUGGACGGAAAUACCCUCUUCUUUACGAAGCUGCGGUGAAAUUGGAGAGAGAGACGGGCGAAAAAGAAGAGCGGACUCGACAGAAGCCGGCCCAGGUACCCCGAGAUAUUGCGUCCUCUUCAAAAGCGCCUGGGGAGGUCCGCAGUAACCCAGUCACACAAAGGAGCAAGGAGAACCCACGAGGGGGGCAGGACUUUGAUCAUAGGGAUCGAGGUGGAUCGUAUUACUCUGCCGAUCGGUAUACACCGUCUCGGAGCAGGUCAGCCUCCAACACGCAGCAGGGCCGCUCAAGAAACGACAAGAACAAAGAAGGAGGGGGGCCCCGGGACAGGACGAAGGAAGACGAUGUUGAAGUGGCGGAAAAAGAGACGCGACAAAAAGAGGCAAAUCGAACGAUGUGGGAAACGGAAAGGGGGCAGAUGGCACAGACACAAGUGGCGGCUGCUGGAGCAAAGGCAGUACCACAGGCAAGGAAUGCCAGUGUAUCACACCGGCACGAACAAGCACCCAGACAGGCCUCGCAAGCUCGCGAUACCUUCAUUAAGGCCGAUGAACCGGAUCAAUGGGGCAUGCGUGGUGUGCCACGUGCACGACAGGAUCGCGAAGAACGGGACCUGAUCGGAGGGAUGGAUGUGCACCUGACACAUGCGCAGGAGUAUCAGGAGCACCAGGCACCGCCGACAGCACCCAGAUCGGUGCUGUGGCCGGUUUAUGUGGACGAGCGAGGAAACGAGGUGGCUCGCUUUGAGCCCCCAUCCAGAGAGGCGGGGCAACGGUCCAGAUCGCCUCCCUAUGUGCGGUAUGCGGCCGCAGUGCCAUACCGCAGUCGAAGUCCGCUGGCACGUCGCUAUGCAGGCGAAGCCGUGUACGAGACGCGAGCAGACAACGGCAUGGUCAUGUACGAGAGGUAUGCAGCUCAGGCAUCGCCGGUCUAUGCGCAUCCGCACCAGCAGCAAGUGCCUCUGCGGCAGCCGGGAUACUACCGAGUAUACGUGGACGAGGGGCAGAUGGAACGACCGGUGGAAUACGAGAUUGUCCGCGUGAGGCGGCCAGACAACAGCGAAUAUCAUGUUCGCCUGCCGGUGCGCAGAGAGUUUGCAGAGCCGGGCGGCACACGGUACUAUUCUGGUGAUGGUGGCCCAGAAAUGGCAGCGGCAGCAGGAGUGGAUGCGGCAUACUACGAGGAAUACGACCCGCGAUAUCCGGCAGCAGCCCCAUCAUCAGCACCAGCAGGGCCCGGAGGCAGACGACAGGUGAGGUUUCACUAG